UGUGACAUUUUGCCUGCCUGCUCAGAGGACUGAAUCUGGAUGUUAAUUUCUAAUGUUUUCAGUCUUCAUUCUAGUUUCCAUGACUAUAUUGGGUGUCAGCACCAUAAUAGGUGUCUUCACCAACUCACUCAUCAUCACUGUGAACAUCUUUGACAAAAUCAUGGGAAAGGCCUUAAGUCCCUCCGAUCUUAUUUUGGUUACAAUGGGUGCAACUAAUGUUCUGUUUCAGUUCCUAAUGCUGGCAAAUGAUUUCCUAAGCUUUCUCAACAGUGAACUCUACUUUUCAGAUGAGAUCUACACUUUGUUUACAAUCAUGCUGAACAUUCCAAUUUACUCCAAUUUCUGGUUCACAGUUUGUCUAUCUGUAAAUUAUUGUCUGCAGAUUGUUAUCUUCACAAAUCCACUUCUCAUUCGGAUUAAGUUAGCAGUUUCCCGACUAAUACCCCAUCUUCUCCUGGCCUCCUUUCUUAUGGCAAUGGCGACUGGCAUCCCUGCAGCCUGGAACUUGAACAAAGAUACUCCAAAUUUAAACACCUCAAGCAAUGAGACUGAGGAAAUAAGUGUCGCUAAACUGAAUAUUUAUUACUUCCUCGCCUGUAACCUUAUAAGCUGCUCUCUUCCUCUAAUUUUAGUCACUGUUGCCAAUGGACUGAUUAUCAAGUCACUGUUAAAUAACAAUUCUGACAGAAAUGUAAAUGGAGAGCUGAGUACACGAGCUCAAGGUCGGAUUCGAGCAGCAAGGACGAUAAGCUGCCUUCUGCUGUUAUAUAUUUUCUUCUAUAUAUCAGAAAUUCUAAUGUUUGUAGAUGCCUUUCCUCCCAGCAGCCCAGGGUUCUGCAUCUGUUUGAUAGUUAUUUAUAGUUAUUCUCCUUCACAAUCUAUUGUUCUAAUUUUUGGAAGUCCCCGGCUGAAACAAGUGUCCUUAGAUUUACUUAGUUCUGUACAUUUAUUUAAAAAAGGAAAGACAAAUAAGCCAACUAUUUCUUUUAUUAAACUUAAAACUACAAAAGUAAAUUUCCCACCUACAAAAAUUUGUUUAUGGUAUUUGUCCAUUCGUUAGGUAUGACUAGCAUAUUCCUAAAGAGAAUAUAA